UGAAGGUGACAAAAGUAUCAGCGGGAGAAACUUCCCUCUGUCAGUUUUGCUGCCUGGAUAACUUUACAAACACGGAAACAGAGCAGUUCUCCUGCAAACGAUCGUAUAUUAAUAGUUGAGAUUGUACAAGGAGUCGAGUAUCAAGAAAAUGACGGAGUAAGAUGCCGGAGAGCGUGGUUAUACGGUGAUGGAAGAGCACCUGUUGAGGUUUGUGGAGCGGGUCCGCUGUCUGUCCGACCGUGACAGCAGUGGAGACCAGCUCAUCUCCACCGAGUUCAACUUGAUACGGCAGAAAAGUGCAUCACUCAAAGAGGAUUAUGGCCUGUCCACUGCCGUAGGAGAAAUCAAAGAAAAUGUGAAGAAAAACCGCUAUAGGGAUAUUCUGCCCUAUGAUCAGACCAGAGUCUGUCUAGCUCCAACCACAUCUGAAUAUGAGUCUGAUUAUAUUAAUGCCAGCUUCAUCAAGGGACUGAACAGGAGCUAUAUCGCCACCCAAGGCCCUUUGAGCAGUACUUUGGUUGAUUUCUGGCGCAUGAUUUGGCAACACAAUGUUAAGGUCAUAAUCAUGGCUUGUAGAGAGGUUGAGAUGGGAAAGAAAAAAUGUGAAGUCUACUGGGCGCCGCCCACCGACGCAUCUAUUUUUGGUCCCUUUACCAUCUCAACUUUUGAGGAGUCACGACCAAAUGAGGAAGUCAUUGUUCGGACGUUGGUGGUAAAAUAUUGUGAUGAAACUCGUGAAGUGUCUCAUUUCCAGUAUACUGCCUGGCCAGACCACGGAAUUCCAGACGUGCCGGAUGGCAUUCUGGGUAUGAUGGAGCUGACUCGCCAAAAACAGGGCAACCAGACGGACCCUGUAGUGAUCCACUGCAGUGCCGGCUGCGGUAGAACAGGGGUCAUCUGUGCUGUUGACUAUGUCAAUGAUCUACUGCUGACAGAGCAAAUACAGGAGGAUUUUAAUAUCUUGGACCUGGUGUUAGAUCUCAGAAGACAGAGACCUUCAGCUGUGCAGACUAAGGAGCAGUAUGCAUUUGUCUUUCAUACGGUUGCUCAGAUGUUUCAAAAGGUCUUGGAGAUGAAAAACAAGAAGACAGAGACUUCAGCCUCUCUGUACAUCAGUGCGGUUCCACCGAAGACUUCGCUAAAAUCAGGAUCAUUAAGCUGCAUCAGCGCACCCCCUAAAACACGAAAUCCACCUCUCAAGCCCAGGCUUUCUCAUCCUCUUCCUCAGACCAGGAUGAACGACACUUACGCGGUCGUCAACAAGUCCAAACUACAGCCUCCUGCUUCUGCCCCUCAUUCAAUCACUGUCCAUCACUAUGACAAUGCUGAUUUAGAGAAAAGCAAUAACAAUGCAGUCUACAGUACAGUCAAACCUAAAAACAGGCCCAUGUCAGUCCUGCCUUCUCCCACCUCACCGGGUUGUGACAGAUCAACAGCAGCCAAUCAGAGAGGAGGACUGGCACCCAAAAAGAUGGAUCAUGAGGGUUAUGAGCUAUUGCCAGGGGAGUUGAGGUCCAUGAAUAGAGAUUCGCAGCCACACGGUCCGCUUUCACGAUCCCCAAGUACAACUGAGAGCCAAUCUUCUACAGAUGAUGGUUAUGAAUAUGUGUCUAGCGUUGUCAAGGACACCAGCAGCAUAUUUGCCCCGGGCGGCCUAGGUUUCAACUUUCGCAUAAAGAAACCAAAAGGCCCUCGAGAUCCACCGGCCGAUUGGAGUCGUGCAGAAAGAUGAAACUGCAACAGGUUUUUAGGUUGUAUAAAAAAAAUGAACCCAACCUGCUAUAGCCUGUUCCAGUAGAUGCACAGCUAUUUUGACACUGGGUAAUAGAGCGUUAUUUAUUUCCUUCAGAGGUUGCAUUGGCAGUUUUAUUACUGUUUUAAUUACUGAAGCAAUUUAUGAUUAUGUACAGUAGUGUAGUUUAUUGAUGUAUUUGUGUGGCAAAUAAUUUAAAAUUGAAAAUGCAAGUAAUAUUGAAACAUUUCAGUGCGCGCUGAUGUAAGAAUGCAUGUGAUUUAAAGGGGUCAUUUAAUGUUUUUGUAAUCAUUUUAGUCCACUUAUGUUGUUCACAUAUUUAUACUCCAAUUUCACCUAAUAGAUGUUUACAAUGUAAAUGUGAGUCGUGAUCUGUUCUAAUAUCUUUAUCUGACAUCAGUAAGUUGCCGUUUAGUUUCAGUAAAUGUUUAUUUUGGACUUUUUGUUGUUUUUAUAAUACAUUAAACCAUUUUAUUUCAAAUGUGAUUUCACACCAUAAGACCCCGCCCACACACACACACACACUCUUUAACUGAAAAGCUGGUGUGUGGUUGAUGUGAUAUGAUGUGUUUGUCAUUAGAGGGCAGUGUUGAGGUGUUGUUUCUCUUCAUGUUACUCCCCAGAUAGAUGGAUCACUCGGGUCAUAAAAUAAAGUCAUUUACAGACAAUGUAACGUGCAUAAUUAUUGAUGCUACAUGUCAUUUAUGAAUUUGACUUUUUGAUAUUUAGCCAUAAGAACAUCUUAUUACAUGACUUUGUGUGCUGUUUAAGCGUUCUAAAUCCUAUCUGUCCAAUCUUAGCACUCAUUCCGGUGAUAAGACCAUAAAACUUGCCCUCUAAACUCCAGUGCGAUUUUAUUUCCCUCAUGAAAAUCAAUGGAAUCUUAAGUUGUGCUUAAAGCAGGGAGCACGUUUCCCCAGAUGCUCGGCCUGUUGGCAGCGUUCCUGGAUGUGUGUUUUUGAUGAUGAAUCAUUCUUGCACGAUGGUAACAGCAAUAUCAUGCCGAAAUGCUGAGAUACUGCUCUCUACUGCUCUUUACACCAUAUCAAACAUGCAUUGCCUGAUUAAGACUGACUGCUUUAAUGUGGCUGAGGCAUAAAGACUUAAAGUCACAUGAUGAUCUGGUCUGAUGACUUCUUAUAAAACGGAUAGUUCUGGUCCUGGAGGCUGAUUAGUCAAUAUAGCCUUCCAGUUGUGCUAAAAUAUGUGAUAUAGGUUGAAUUUGAAUGGAAUUUGUAACAACCUUGAAGGGUGUUAUGGGAAGGAGAUGCUACUUAUAAAGCCUUAAAAAAAAAAA